UGAACGUACUGGUGUUACAUACAAUCAUUUCACAAGCCCUCUUAUAAUGAAAUUAAAUAGAAUAGUGCGCAUUCCGUGGUGAUUUGUUCUGUACAACAUUGCCUUUAUCUCCUACGUCGGUACUUGAAGUUUUUGAUAUCUUAUUCGCAGUUAUCAAAAAGAACAAGGAAAUUUAUUAUAAGGAAAAUAUAUUCCAGAGUGUUAACUUUUAUCAACAGAGGCAAAAUUUAAAGACCGUGUUUAAAAGAAAAAAUAUUAAAAAAAAAACAUAUAUCAAAAAAGGAAUAAGAAAGGUAUUGGCAAAGGUAUUGGCAAAAUGACCAGUGUACUUGGAAAAUGGAAGAUUGAAAGUUCUGAAAACUUUGAAGAGUUCAUGAAAGCAAUCGAUGUUCCCGAAGACAAACGUGCAAAUGCGUUAAAGUAUUUGUCCGCAGGGUCCGACAUGACCCAGGAAUUUAAAGCUGAUGGAGAUAAUUGGACAAUGACCACUGUGUCGGCUGCUGGUGAGAAAACCCUGUCCUUCACAAUAGGAAAUGUAGCAGAUUCCGCCACACUUGAUGGACGUCCUAUUAAGGUUUUGUUCACAAUAGACGGUGAUUGUCUUGUGGAAAAGCAAACGGCAGACGGGUUUGAAUGUUCACAUGUCAGAAAAAGUGACGGAAAUACAUUGACAAUGACACUGAAUGGCGGAGGGCAGACAUGUACAAGGAAAUUCUCGAAGGUGUAAAUGGAUCUUAUACAUUUAUUUACGUUCAUACAAAUGCUGGAAACGUUCCAACAUAUCAAAUUUGUUAGCCAUGCAGCUGGCUUUUGAGUGAAUAAACUACUCGUCUAGACAUAAGGAUGCAUUAUUUGUUUAAGCGAUUGUACGUGAUUUGCACUCCUUUGUAUAUUUUGUCUUAUGACUCAACAUGUGAAAAAUAAACAAGCUACCGGUAUGAAAGUACAUUAUAUUAUGUGUAUUAAUGAAAUCUUGUUCGAAUUUUACAAUAAAAUGGCCUCAUAAAUUGUUUACAUUCAACAUUCUUCGAGAAUUCUGUGUUUACAACUAAAAUAAACGAUACGAAAUGAUCUUUGGGAAAUGUUUAAUUUCAAAAUUAAUUGAAAAUAUUUUUAGAAUAUUUUGUUUUAUAACUAUUUACAGGUAAGUAUAUAAAGAAUUUUGAAUUCAACAUUAAACUUCUAAUACAUCUCUUAUUAAUAUGAUCCAUUUAUUUCUGCAUUUGCAUCGUUUUGCUUCGAUUUUAUCACAAAAAAGGUUUGUUUCUUUGCAAAUCGUAUUUUUUCUUAUAAUUGUUAAUGCACCAUCAAUUUAAGACGAGAACAAUCGACCUUAGUUUAAAAAAGCAAUGAACAUUUCUUACACCGGACCCGGUUUAUCAUACAUUUCUUUCGAUAAAAAUCGCUUUU